AUGGCCCCGCGGGGCUCCGCGCUGCCCGCCCGCCUGCUGGGGCUGCUGCUGCUCUGCUGCGGAGAUUUCGGUCACUCCUCUGAGCUGGCGUUCGUUGUGGAGCCCAGCGAUGACAUAGCGGUGCAGGAGCAGCCCCUGAUCCUCUACUGCCAGGUGGAAGGCAUCCAGCCCAUCACCAUCACGUGGCGCAAGAACGGCGCCCUGAUCGUGGACAGCGAGAACGCCUUCAUGUUGGCCAACGGCUCGCUGUACGUCUCCCGCUUCCAGAGGGUGAGGGGAGAUGGCUCCUCCGACGAGGGCGAGUACGACUGCAUGGCACAGAACCAUUAUGGGCUGGUGGUGAGCCGGAAGGCGAAGAUCCAGGCAGCGACCAUGUCUGACUUCCACAUCCACCCUCAGAAUGCAGUGGUGGAGGAAGGGGGCGUUGCAAGGUUCCAGUGCCAGAUUCAUGGUCUCCCUGAGCCCGUCAUCCUCUGGCAGAAGAACCGCAUGCCGGUCAACACGGACAAUGAAAGGUACACGCUGCUUCCCAAGGGGGUCCUCCAGAUUACAGGACUAAGAGCAGAAGACAGUGGGAUUUUUCACUGUGUUGCCACCAAUAUUGCUAAUGUGAAGUUCAGCCGGGAGGCCAGGCUCACUGUGUCAGGCUCCCACUCCACCGUUUACAAGGACCCCAUGAUUCUUGUUGGACCAGAGAACCUCACGCUGACGGUGCAUCAGACUGCAGUGCUGGAGUGCAUCGCCACAGGCAACCCCCGGCCCAUCGUCUCCUGGAGCCGCCUAGACGGCCGCCCAAUUGGUGUGGAGGGAAUCCAGGUGCUGGGGACAGGAAAUCUGAUGAUCUCAGACCUCAGCGUGCAGCAUUCUGGCAUCUACGUGUGUGCUGCAAACAAACCUGGCACUCGGGUGCGAAGGACUGCUCAGGGCAGGCUCGUUGUACAAGCCCCUGCAGAGUUCGUGCAGCAUCCCCAGUCCAUCUCCAGGCCCGUGGGGACCACAGCCAUCUUCACGUGCGUGGCCCAAGGGGAGCCCCCCCCCCAGAUCACUUGGCUGAGGAAUGGGCAGAUCCUGGAGACGAGUGACCACAUCAAGCUGAAGAAUAACAACAGCACUCUGUCCAUCUAUGGGAUCAACCAGGCGGAUGAAGCCAUCUACCAAUGCAUCGCCGAGAACAGCGCCGGCUCCACGCAGGCCAGCGCCCGCCUGACGGUCCUGUGGGCAGAAGGGCUGCCUGGACCCCCGCAGAGCGUGAGGGCCGAGACGGUGUCUGCCACCACCAUCCAGGUGUCCUGGGAGGAGCCCCUGCAGAACACCAAGGAGAUCAUCGGCUACGUGCUGCACAUCCGGAAAGCUGCAGAUCCCGUGGAGAUGGAGUAUCAGGAGGCUGUUAGCAAGAGCACCUUCCAGCAGCUAGUGACUGAUUUAGAGCCCUCGACCAGCUAUAGCUUCUAUAUAAAGGCUUACACCUCCCGAGGUGCCAGCAAAGCCUCAGAAGUCACAGUGGUGAGCACACUGGGAGAAGUCCCAGCCAUGCCAUCCCUCUUUAUUAAAGUCAUUAACAGCACGGCCGUGCAGGCGACGUGGGAGCCCUCCAUCAAACUGGGCCAGCACGAAGGCUUCAAGCUCUACUACCGCAAAGUCCACCUCUCCCAGUACACAGGCCCGGUGCUGCUGGCCAGCAACGUCACGGCAUACAACAUCACCCACCUGGAUGCAUCAAUGGUGUAUGAGGUCAAACUCCUUGCCUAUAACCAGCAUGGGGAUGGAAACUCGACCGUCCGCUUUGUGUCCUUGAGGGAAACUGCGGAGAGGACAGGUAGGACGAGCCCGUGCGACUGCAUGAAGGAUGAGCAGAACAACAAAACCUCUGCGACUGGUAUCAUCAUUGGGAUCCACAUCGGCGUCACGUGCAUCAUAUUCUGCGUCCUUUUCCUCAUGUUUGGGUACAGAGGAAGGCUGCUGAUGUGUAAAAACGUGCAGGAGCAGCUGUCGACUCCGCAGAUCCCGAGGAGCCAGAGGAGCGCUGCGGGGAUCAUCCUGAACGGAGCCGCCCGCAGAGACAGGGACGAGCGGGACCUGAAUGGAAAGCAGCUGGACAUGAACGAGCUGGAGAGGUUGUUCCCAGCAUCACCAUGUCCAGAGCAGCAGGACAAGGGGAUAACGCCUGCUCACAGCCCUCCUGCCGCCCAUGACGACACCCAGAUAUCCACGUUGCCAAUGGACGAGUUCAGCAUUGUUGAGGAGCAGCCAGACUCUCCCCCCAAAAGCCCUCACAAUGGCAGCCCCGCUGCUUCGGCUCCCCGCCACGGCCCUGCCAAUGAAGGAUAAACUGCCAAGACUCAAACCCUCUUGCAGGAGUUACCAGAAACCAAAACCGCAGCUGGUGAUGUCUUUACAAUGAUUCAUCAA